ACAACGAACCAAACAAACACUACUUUUUGCAUGUGUAGAUGCAGCUGCACCACCGGACAAGGCAACCAAACGCCCCCUUACACUCUCGGUGGCCAGUGGCCUGGUCUGUUCGGCUCCGAGCCUCCGAUUUAUCGAUUCGAUUCCAUCAUCCCUCUCCCGGCGCCCUGCCGUCCUGCGGGAGGGAGGUGCAAGCGGAACCAGCCCGGCAAUGGCAGGCGCGGCUGCGCGGCGGCCGGGGGCGAAGCCCAGGGGCGGCGGCGGCGCGGGGAAGAGGAGCGCGUGGUUGGCGGCGGACGGCAGCAAGCGCUGGGGGGAGGCCUUCUUCCUGCUCUACACGCCCUUCUGGCUCACGCUCUGCCUCGGUGUCGUCGUCCCAUUCAAGCUCUACGAGAGGUUCACGGAGCUGGAGUACCUGAUCCUUGGCUUGGUGUCCACCGUCCCGGCGUUCGUCAUCCCCCUAUUCCUCGUAGGGAAGGCAGAUAGUGUUAGAAAUUUCAAAGAUCGAUAUUGGGUCAAGGCUAAUAUUUGGAUUAUAAUUUUUAGCUAUGUUGGUAACUACUUCUGGACACAUUACUUCUUCACAGUUCUUGGCGCGUCAUAUACUUUUCCAUCAUGGAGGAUGAAUAAUGUACCUCAUACGACAUUUCUCCUGACCCAUGCUUGUUUCCUGUUCUAUCAUAUGGCAUCAAAUAUGACACUUCGUAGAUUGCGCCAUUCUACAGCUCAUUUACCACAGUCUAUUUGCUGGUUAUUUGAAGCUGCAUGGAUUUUAGCACUGUCAUACUUCAUAGCGUACCUGGAGACCCUAGCCAUUGCAAAUUUCCCGUACUAUGAAUUCGUUGACCGGGAUAUAAUGUACAAAGUAGGUUCCUUGUUCUACGCAAUAUACUUCAUCGUCAGCUUCCCAAUGUUUUCAAGGAUUGACGAGAAAGACGAGAAGUGGAGCCUGUCCAGGGUAGCCGUCGACUCUCUGGGCGCAGCAAUGCUGGUGACGAUAAUACUGGACCUAUGGCGCAUAUUUCUGGGGCCAAUAGUUCCCGUCCCAGAGUCGAGGCAGUGUGGCCAACCAGGGCUCGCAUGGUUCCAAGCGCAGAACGGAAGCACCUGAUUCAGUGAAGCUGCAAGUUCUGCGUUUCCACUUGAAUACUUCAUCAUCACCUAGCAUUCACCGAGGCGGAGAUCUUAGAGCAAUAACCCUCGAGAGAAAUCAUGGCCUCACUCCUUUUGAUAAAUAGCUGUGCCUUCUGUGGCCGGAUGCAAUUGUGCAAAUGCCACUUUCAGUAGUUAUAUUUGUAUGUUUUCUCCGUUUGGUGAAUUACAGAGAGAUAUGUCUGUAACGUGAACAAGAUCAUGCUGUUCUAAUUCCUG